UCCUCAGUACUUCAUUACAUCUUCGAUAGUAAGCACCUAAAUUUUCGGUGGCUUCAAGUUUCUUUUGGAUUCCGGUAGUAAAAGUACUCAAAAAUCGAAAUCAUGUACAUGUACGUCAACCCAAAUUACGUCUUAGUAGGGGGCCCCUGCUGUGGUGGAUGUGGACCUUGUUGCGGUGGAUGUGGUCCGUGUUGCGGUGGCUGUGGCCCCUGCUGUGGUCCUUGCGGAGGAUGUGGACCUUGCUGCGGCGGCACCAGCAGUUUUUGCGGUUGCGGUCCUUGCUGCUGAGCCAGAUGACCGGGAAGACCAUGGGAUUACUUGAGGCUACCAUGUAAAUCUCGAAAAUUAAACUGUGGGAGACAGCAA